AUGGCCAACUUCGAUUCAAAUCAGUGGUAUCAACUUUAUGUGAAUCAAAAUAAAGAUUCUUCACUGCUGGGAACAAAUCUUUACAAGAAUGGAGAAAGCGGAGCGGUCUUUUUCAACACCACAGAUACAGAUUUACCAGGCCAGAGAUGGCAGAUAUAUAGUGUCAACGAUACCUACGUUUUAAGAAAUAAAGAUGGCGGAACAAAUGCAUUCCUAGGCACCAAAUACGAACCCACUGAAACCACCCCGGGUCAGACACAGGCGUUAAUGAUCAAGAACACCAUCUCGGACGACGCAGUUUACUGGACUGUUACACCUUGGGGCGACGGCACCUUCUAUUUAACAAAUGGAGAAAAUGGAACUUCAUGGCAUCUUAAGAAGAAGGCGAAUGGCUUGCUAGCAUUGGACUCAAAUAUCACGGCCCCGCAGAAUGGACAGAGAUUUUCAUUUAAGACUAUAGGCGCGAUCAAUGACAAGAAGUUUUCUUCUGUAAAUGUAAGACACGACACUCCCUUCAUCUAG